ACAGAGCAACACACCACACGCUUACCGUCACAGUGUAGCAGCUGGAAUCAGCCGUGCCGAGUUCCUCUAGCUGCUUCUGUCAGUGUGACACGUGACUCUGAAGUUCUCUGUGGUUUAAGAUCUUACUGUCGGACUCAUGUACAUCAUGACUGUGGGGCUCUCCAGCUGAGUUGCAGGACUGGUUUUUGCGUCACAUCACCAGCUGGACAGGCGGACGCCGGGCUUGACAGACAAGUUGGACAGAGAUCACAAAAUGGAUCUUAAAAGCUGUUGUGUUGCCGGUAUCACUGCCAGCUGAGCUACCAGACCUGCAUAUUGGAUACAGAGCUCCCAUCGGCUGCUCUGUGGCUGACCGCUGACCCCGAUCUGCAGCCUAACCCCCUUCUGGGUCACCACUGAGCUAAUAGAGGUGCUCUGGCUGGGCCUGAUGUGGAAUUUGACCCCGACUGACCCUGUCCCGCAAGUAGCCUUUCACUGAGCCCGGACUCAGGAUAAAAGAGCAAGAGGGGCGACGGAGAAGAAAGGAGGAAGAAAAGGAGAGAAGUGAGAACAGCAGUAGAGCGACUGCUCCUCCAGUAUGCCGGUGGAGACCCUGCGGCCCUCAGACGGCCGUCUGGCUGGGGUCCCCUUCACCUCCGCCAUGCCCUUCAGGAUACUUAACAAGGGUCCAGACUACUUCCGUCGUCAGGCUGAGCCCGGGGCCCGUAAACUGAGUGCUGUAGAACGCCUGGAGGCCGACAAGGCGAAGUACGUGAAGAGUCAGCAGGUGGCUCUCACCCGCCAGGCCCCCAUUAAACCACCAAUCAUCCGUAAGCCCCUGGUCCCUCCAGGGAUGAUGCUCCAAUGCCAGAUCAGUACUCCUCCAGCUCGCAAAGUUCCCCGCUGCCCAGCUGAUGUGGAGAACGGAGGAGGGAGAGAAGGACCAGGAGGAAGACGAGGGCCGGCUCUUAACUUGGAUAUUCUGAAUAAUCUUAUCAAUGAUGUAUGUGAAGGACCAGUGCCCUCCUCCCAGUCCUCCUCCUCAACCUCCCCCUCAUCAUCCUCUCCAUCAUCAGGAGCUAAGAGCAUCGGGAGUAGCUUGUCAGCAGAGCAAGAGAGGAGCAACCGACUCCUCAACAACCUCAAACCAUUAAACCACGGCACCGUCAACUCCUCAUCCACCUCCUCCUGCACCUCCUCUCCACUCAACAACAACCUCCGGACCCCUGCAGCUGAACCAACGCGCCGUCCGCCCCCUGUCCCAGCACGAGUGCCCCGCAUUGGGGUCCCAGCACCCUACAGCUCCCCGAACUCAGUGACAGUACGCAGGGUGGACGUGCGUCCUCAGGCUGAGAUCAGGAAGCCUCAGAGGGCCCUGCUGCAGCCGCAGCUCAGGCCCAGACAGACUGCCCAGGGCCAGGUCGCUCACCCCCAGGUCCCACCUCCACCGCCUCCUCCCACCUCUCAGAACCAACCCCAGCCCCUGCCCUCCCCUCCAGUCUACCUGCCGCCGAGCCCCAUGCUGGUCAGAGCUGGCAUGAUCCCGCCAGCCUCCCCCGCUUUCACUCGUAUCUCAAACGCCAGCUCCAAGGGGUCCGGCCGCAAGCACCCAUCCUUGCACCGCUCUAAGUCGGACCUGAGCGACCGUUACUCCCGCGCCACAGCCGACCUGGAGCGCUUCUUCAACUACUGCGGGCUGGACCCCGGGGAGGUGGAGGGCAUGGGCGGAGUGGAGCGCUUCACGAGAGCCAACUCAGACAUUGUAUCUGUGUCCAAGCUCCGUAGUGUCAGCACGCCAAGCUCUGAGUGCGGGGAUGAGGCCUUCCCGGCGAGGGAGGACUGUGGGGACGAGGACGAUGAGGAUGGGCCUGGCAGAGCCAACGAACGGGUCCCCUACGGCAUCUCUGUCAUCGAGAGGAACGCUCGGGUCAUCAAGUGGCUGUACGGCAUCCGUCAGGCGCGAGAUGCUAACAACGCCGUCUCUAACGUAUAGACUGAGGAGGACUUGAGAGAAAAGACAGGGAAGCAGGACUUUUUGUAUGUUUACUUACAUCUGAAGAAGGGAAAGCCUGUCUGCUCGUCUUCUGCUGCCUUACGUGACAUUUGAGGAUAAUCCAGUAGUUGUUUUCUAUGUUUCCUGUGAAGACUCACACUUGUUUUGGAAAUUACACAUCAGUUGUUGGUGUGCAGGCUGCAGGUCAGGACUGCUUUCCUGCAGGACUACAUGGACGAUACAUUUCCCCUUUUUCUUCACUUGAUCUUGUUUAACUAUACUGGUAUAUGAAAGCAAUAAUAGACUGGUAUAAAUGAUGCUGGUGAGGAUGAAGGCAGAGGAUGUAUGCGAUAGUGUUUCCUCAUGUAAAGGUACUUAGUGUGUAUGCGUGUGUGCGUACGUGUGUGUGUGUGUGCCAGAGAGCUCCGCAGCACAGAGCCACAGGCUGCAAACUGCCAGAGCCUCUGAUGAUACCCAUACCCCUUUUCCACCAACAUGGAACUGGUUCGGUUCUGGUUCCUAAUUUGAACCGCUCAGAGCAUUUCCACCCAAAAUAACUUGGUCCAAAACUCGAAAAGUGGGUUUCCAGCUGGAACCAUAAAAAAGACUGUUUAGGAUCAAAAAUGUUGCUUUCUAGCUGGAACCGAGGUGUCAUAUUCAACAAGUUACAAAGAGAGGAUGAAGAAGUCAUGUGAGAAAUUAUGAGACAAAAAAAGAGCGUGCAGUGGUCUCAUUAAUAGUUGGUUCGUGCAUGUUUUUUUUUUUUUUUUAAGUAAAAACAAAAAAAAAACCUGUAAAAACAUCAGUUUCCAGGUAAACUAUGCCAUCUGUGAUUUUGCUGCCAUUGUUUAGGGCUGCCCCUUGAAACUCAAAUCAUCAGUUGGAGACCCUCAGUUGACUGCGAUUGCUUUAAGGCAAGCAGCUGGUUCUCUUUUCUGUGCAGUGUAACUCUGGGGACGUUUUUGGUCCCCAGAUCUUGCUGCGGAGUGAGUGCUCUUGACUUUCAUACUACUCUUUGGUACAGAGGAGCUGUAGACAUGCAGGCAGCGGCACAGAGGCGGAGAGGAGAGACUUUCUGCUUAAAAUUGGUGAAUUCACAGCUCACAGCAGCUUAAUACGAUAUAUUCUGUGGGUUUUGUUUAACUUUUAGCAUCAGAAAAAAAAGUUGUUGCACAUUUCUGAUACGUCGUUAGCACCGUUAGCUUACUCACUAUAUUAUGCUAAUGGUGCUGUCCCACCAAAUGUACUGCAGAGCCCAUUCAGACUUUAAAACUUUCUAUGGAAAGCUGAACAAAUUGUCAAAUAUUUGUAUUCAUCUGCCAAAUCCGAUUCGACUGGCAUAAUUCUGAGUCAAGUACAGCCUUACUACUGUUUAUAUCUGUUCUGCAUACACAUUCUCGAUGACAAUUGGUUCUGGGUAAAACUGGCGGAAAUACGUGCUGGUUUGCUGGAUAGCACUAAGGUUCCAGGAAUCCUGAAUGGAACCGGUUCAAAAAUCCGAGCUAAUGUGGUGGAAAAGGGGUAACGGUGACUGUUGAACAAGCUAGAAGAGAACCACAUUGAUACUGUGAAACUUCACACACAAGAAAAGCUUCCAUAAAACACAUUUGUAUUUUCAAAAACCUUU